CCAAAUUUAAUUGCCGCUCUUUGCAUGUUCAGCUUCAACAUAAUCUAAAAACAUUGGAAAAUACGGCUUUCGUUUUUCCAUCGACUUUCAUUUCAUUUCGUUCGGGUUUCGCGUUUCGAUUGCUUGCCAUUGAAAAAAGUGUCAAAAUAAAAAGGUGCUAACAGAUCCAAAGUAAAUAAGUCAGUCAGUCGAGCUGAAAUAUAUAUUUUGUUAAAUUGUGAAACGCGUGUGUGAAUUCGUUGUCAAUUUUUGGAUUAUGGCCCUCAUGGACACCGCCUGGCGCUGCCGCCUGAUGAUCUUUGGUAUCGUUUCCCUGCUGCUGGUGGGCGACCUCUUUGGCUACGGCGGUGGCAUGAAGUCUGACCACAGCGAUCCCCAUUCUGUGGGCGUACGCAGCGGCGCUGGUGCGGCCAGAGCUGGUGGUGGUGGUGCCCCAACAGGUCCAGCGGCUGCGGCAGCCAGCAAGUUUCAGCAGUCGAAAAGUGCCGAAAUCGAUAUAACCGAAGAGCACGACUUCAAUGAGUUUUCAGCGGCGGCUGCCCUCAAGCCAGGCAUGGCCGUGGUGACUGGGGCAAGCCUGAAGACCAAAUCCCAGCUGACGGACACCAUCAAGGAGUCGUGUCUGCCCAAAAUGCUUUGCGAGCUGGCCUCCAAGCCAGAGUACCAGCUCAGCGAGAAGGAGAGAGAGCUGCUCAGGCUGAUCCGAUCACCGACAAUGCCCUGGAUGAUGAAUAUGCCGCCGAGCAAAUGGUAUUUUGCAGCCCACAUGGGUGAACUGAUGCGCCAUACUGGGGACAAUCUGAGCGGACCCAUGGGCUGUGCCAAUCUGUGGCCCAAUUGCCCGAUCAGCUCCAAGAAGCUCAUGAAGCUGAGCUACAAAGUCAGGGUCUAGGCCUUAGGGCCAGCCGAUGUGAUCUGAUCUACAAUCAUUUGUCAUCUGUCUAUAUCCUAAGUAUUAGAGAUAGUGACCUCAGCUUUUGUACCAUAUGUUUUCACUGUCGCCGCUUACCUUGUACAAUUCCCUUAGACCCUUAGACCUUAA